GGUCCUUGUGCUGGAUGAGUCCACCGCAGCCAUUGAUAGUGGGACCAGCAAUCUCCUACACCAGCUGAUCCGCGACGAGUUUGCUGGCUGCACUGUCAUCUCGAUUGCACACCGGGUGGAGAAUGCGCUGGGCAGCGACAUGGUCCUGGUGGUUGAGGAUGGCAAGAUCUGUGAGUCCGGAGCCCCAGACAACCUGCGCCAUGACCCAGAGAGCCAUUUUGCGCAGCUGGUCCAGCGGUCGGCCGAAACAAGAGAUCAGUCAGGAUCAUUAGGCGGGCCAUGUGCCACGCCAACAGAAUCCAAUUAAAUAAGAACUAAAAAUCCUCAGGUCCCGGACCGCAGCUAUUUUUAUUCAUUUUUCAUACCGUGGACUGUUGCUACAUUUUUAUUUUUUGGACAAAUGACGAGACAUUCGCGGCUUUUGAGCAGGUCAAAGUUGCACCAGCCCACACCCAUCCCUGAGCUGGAGGCACUUGGAUGGGACCCACGUAAAGAGGAGGCGGAGUUUCUCCCUGAGCUAAUCGUAUUCGACCUCGACUUCACGCUGUGGUCCUGCUGGAUUGAUACGCACACGAACGGGCCGCCGUACCGGCUCGCAGCAAACAACAAGGUGAAGGACCGGUAUGGCGACACAAUGGAGCUGUUCUCGGAUGUACCGCGACAUCACGGACCGGACCGCGCCGAGUGGGCGAAGCAGGUUCUGGCGCUCUUUGAGAUCCAGUCGGACAUUGGAGUGAAGAAGAAAAAGAUGAUAGAAUGUAUUGACUUCCAUGGAGAUCUAUCCGGGCUCAAAGCGAUGAUAUUCUUUGAUGAUGAGGCCAGGAAUGCCGAGGUCGAGACGAAGCUGGGGGUGCGGUUCGUCCAUGUUGACGACGCGUUCGGGGUCAAUUGGAAUCUGUUCUUGCAGCAUCUGUGGAGCUAUGCUGAGCACCGCAAGCACAGGCAGUCGUAGACCUAGCAUGUUUUUUGUGACGAUUGUCGGUCAUAUGACAUGGUCGUUGUGAUUCCAUAAAUAAUGCAUCUGGCCGCCAAGCAUAUGUUGGAUACAUGUACACGGGUGGCGCCAUGUAUGGCUAUCACAUUCAC